GUCCUUCGAUGAAUUAGGGACGACGAUAAAAUCAUGCUUGGAUCUUUAUUAAUAAGCAGGGAAAAUCGCAAUUGAUUAUGGAGUAUGUUUAUGGCCGUUUGAAUUAGGGCUUAUUAAAAAAGAGCAUACUAAAAUUCGACAUAAUAUUCAUAUUCUAAAACGAAGAAUUAUGAUAUUAACAUUAUAUGUAAUACUUCAUGUGUUACUUUUUUUUAAAGGACGAAUUUAGGAAUCAUUAAAAAAGGCACGCUACAAUUUUUGUUUAAUAUUCAUAUAUUAAAAUCAAAAAUCAUAAUAGUAAAAUUUUAUCUAAUAUUUUAUAGAUUCAAAAAUAAGAAAUAAACAAAUUUAAUAUCAGCUUUUAUUACGAAAUAAUGACUUUAAUUACACAUCUGUAUUAAAUAUUCACAAAUGACGCCAUAGUUUCCUGACAGUAAAUAAACUAAAAAGUAUCCAUAAAGUAUAGAUUGUGAUUAGAUUUUUUGCUUCCAGAAUUUUUUUCCAACGAAUCAUAUUAUUCAAAGUAAAUUAUUUCGUUUCCAACGUAUCAUAUUUAACUGCGUGGUAUUACUUAGCCCUUCGUAAUAUCAAAUCGAACCUGCAACGUAAUUAAUUAACGCAGAUGCCCACUUCUAAUCGCGAUAACAAAUUUUGAUCGCAGAUCCUCGUCUGCGCUAAAAACUCGAGACAGUAAGGGCAUUUUCAUCGGAUGAACCCGAUGCAAGCUGUCAUCGAAUAUAAUACACGUUACCCGUAUGUAACUCGAGGCUGCGGAUAAACUGGGCUCAUCGGAACUGCUCUCGAUAAACGCGCGUACACUCGUAGCUCCGUGAAAGUGACCAACCGUCGCGUAAAUCGCAUCUGCCGCAUUUAUAUAACAAAAACGAGCAAGUAGUCGAGGAAAAAGGAGGCGUAAGAACGGUAGCGUAACGACCGUCCCGGCGGCAAGGAUACUCGAAGAAAUUUAGAACGGGCCACGGGUAACGCGAGUAUAACAAAUGUGACACCGAUCGUCAACAAAAGCCUGGCGCCGCUCCAAGUCGCGUUAACACGCAUAGAAAUUACCUCGGGCAAUUUAAACGCCUGACCAGCGUUAAUCGUAUCGCCCCCUCUGGAAAUAUAACGGCCUGGGUACUUUCGAAAACCCCCAUUCACCCUCUCGUCGUCCCCCGUUCGUAAAAAGAUAGGGAACCGUUGAAAAUCGAGGCACCCUGGGAUCGCUGGAAAUGAUCCCUUAAAAAGUGGACAGAGGUGCUUUCAGGAAGUUCGAAUUCCGAUUUUUAAAUAAAAAUUAUCUAGGGUGAGGAGUAUCGAUUUGACUUUGGAAAAAAUUGUAAUAAAACCAUCGUUAACAGUUAAGUGAAUCAAAUAAUAUUGCUCCAUUGUAGUAGAACAUAGGAUAAUGAGAAUGAUCUACCGAAACAUUUAUGAAACCAUUAUCAUCGAUAAGUGUGGUGCAGACAAGUCCUUGUGACACUUAUCGAACAAAGUGUGUGUGGAAUUCGAGAAACAUACGAGUAACCAAAAAUCAUGAAAAAUGAAAAUUGAUCGGCUAUACAGUUAUAUACUCUUAAAACCAUUGAAAAGUUAAAACAUAAAUUCCACGUUCAUUACAAUUCAGAGGUUUACUUUCUCGCGAUUAUCAAUUGGCGAGCACAGGACAAUUCCACCUUCCACCUCCUCCACUGCGCGCAGUAACCGUUAUCUUUCGUCAAUUAUACAUAAUUUCCUACCGAAACAUUCCAAAUACGCGACACAUUGUACAAUCCUCCUCGAUCACGCUAUCAAAAACCCACCCCCUCCGUACAUUGCUCCAUCCCCGUGCUCCUUUUCACCCACUUACUCACUUCCGUUUCAAAUUUUCGACCCCCGAGGACCGCGACGACCGAAAAAAAAGCCAUCGCGACAAGGGGCAACUACCCUCUCAGAAAAAAAAAGAAAAAAAAAAAGAAAUUCUACCCCCGGCCCCAAGGAACGGAUAUCGCGCGUCGCGUCUCGAGCGACACUCUCCCGCAGCCGCGAGCCUCGCGACACACAGCCUGAACAGAGAAGAAUGAUCGAGGUGGGCAGAGGAGCGGACGAGGCGCGGAGGAAGCGAGCGAGAACACCGAUAAGGACGGGACGAACUCGCGGCGCGCGUACACAAUCAGCCCCGUUCGUGUACGUGCAAGACGGAGAGAAGGGAGGCCGCGAGAGACGAGCAGAUGCCAGCGGGCAGAGAGAGAGAGAGGACGGACGGACGGACGGACGGAGAGCGGCAGCGAGCCACAGAAAGCGUCGAGCGCCGCUGCCGGCGCACAGAGAGAGAGAGAGGGGGAUCGCGUUACCCCCACCACGGGGGUGAAAACUACCCCGAGAGCGCGUGGGGUGUCCGGCCUCGGCGCCGAGGCGAACCGAGCGCGUCCGAAGCGAGCGCAGUGCCCGACACACCAGGUCCCGCACGGCACGACUAGGCGCACCGUCCGGCACAGUCCACUCAGAGAUACGACCCAUGCUGGACCAUCGUCGCUCUGGUCCACGCCGGCAUCAGGCAUCCAGCAUCCUCCGUGCGGCAUCCCGCGCGAGACACCAGGACACGCGUCCUACGCGACCGCAAUCAAAAGGGACCACCGUCAACGAAGGUGCAACGAGACACUCGAGGCGCGUGUCGAGAAACAACAGUUCGAUCCCUGACGCGUAACCACUCGUGCGUCCAGUGCAGACAACGUGAAACACGGUGCAAGACGUUCGUUUUAUCGUAUUUACAUAUCGUCUUUGAACGGAGUUCCCUCGGUGAACAAGGUGAACAGUGAACAAGGUGAUCCGAUUCCUCGAUGACCGCGAGUUCCCGUGACACGGUGUGACGGAAGUCAUCCCCGACGCCGAGUGUUCGGUAUCAUUCGAGACCCCCGAGUGACGGUGAGAUCGUAGAGACUCGAGGUGAAUAGGAUCGAAAAAGAUCAGGACAGACCGUCUCCUGGCGGCAAGCUCGAAGGUGGCACCUGUGCCACGCGGGCCACCUCUGACAGUUUUCCACCUGCGGCCCGUGACCAUCGCGUAUCUCGGCUCUGUCUCGGGUGUCGUAUGCGCGCCGCGACGCGCGUCGUCCCGAGGAACAUGAGGACGCACGUCAGUUGACGAAGAGGCGCGACCCGGCCGGCUGUCAAUCCCGUAAUCGUCGCGGCCAGGUGCGCGAGAGGAUCGGGAUAGACUGAUAACAGGAUCCAGGUGACAAGUUGAAAGUGUACCGAGAAAAAAGAGAGAACGCACGGGGGGUUCGCGGGGGUGCGAGAGUACCCCGAGGAGCCAGUGAAGUUCGCCGAGUUGGAAACAGGUGAAACGACGGAUGGACACGUUCGCGAGAGGCGGAGGUGAGGAGGAGGAGGGUUGAAGCGUGACGAUCUCUUCCCUCUUUUCUUACCCUUGGAAGGAGCCUCUUCCUUCGAGCGUGGUCGUCGCCUCCCCCCCUUUUUCUUCUCGCCUCCCGUGGACAAAAGGAAUAAGAUUCGAUUUUCGAGGGUACGUCGCGACCGGGAUCCACCACGACCGCCGCGAAACGACACCUUUCCGUCCUGGACCGGCGAGGGAUACGUAAUUCCAGACGUGCGACGCGCCGCGAUCAUCGAGAACGCCACCAUGAGGAUCAAAAUGCCCGCGGUCAGGAUCGCGCAAGCGGAAACCUCGCAAGGUACCACAUCCCCAGACACCGUCCAAUGCGGGGGUUGCAGGGCGUCCUACCCCCUCGGCGAGAUCGUGCGGUUCAUCGAGCACAAGGUCAACCACUGUCGCAGCACGCUUCAGGGCUGCCACAGUCCGUCGGCGACGGCCGCGCCGGAGGACUCCGAUCCGGAGGACGCUCUAGCGUUGAAGGCUGUCGAUCAGGACUCGAAGCUCAACUCCGUGCCCAGCAUAUCCGCGCCCAUCAACAAGAGGGCGGGGGGCAGACUCGAGAGCCCUCCGACGCCUCAGGGCUCGGGACCGGAUGCAGGAAGCCCGAUCGAGCUGAAAGCUAGCGCCAGCUCGACGCCCAAAAGAAGGACGGACCCCUCCGACGAAGACAAAGAGGACCUACCCAAGAAACCGAAAACGGAGUCCGUGGACGCGGACACGAACACAGUCAAUUCUGAACCGAGAUGGCUGCAGUGCUCGCAGUGUUCCAGGAGGCUGUCCUCCGCCUGGGAGCUCCUCCAGCACGUGCAGAGCGUGCACGGCGCCAGACUGUACACCUCCCCGUCGUCGUCGACGAAUUCCUCCUCGAACACGCCGGCACCGAGUCCUCCGACGCCCACGCCGACCCACGCUCACCACCUAAGCCCGCCUAAUCACUUGAACCUCAGCGGCAAGUCCACGGGGAGUUCCUCCGCGGCGAACUCGUCCGGUGGGACGAACUCCAGCGGGAGCAGCGGACGACAGCAACUGCAAUCAUCGGCAUCGUUGGUGGGCGACCCGCUCCACAGCUUUCUGAGGCUACCCCAGCACCUAGAACGUAGCUUCCCGCCCAUGUUCAGGCCGGACUUCCUGGCCCUGAAUCCUCUAGCCGGUUACAGAGGUUUACAAGAGCUGCAGACCGCCACUAGAAACCUCCAGAACCUCGGAGACCCUCUUCGAGGGAUGGACGGGUUGAACCUCGGGGAUCCACUGGUUCGCAGCUCGUUGGAUUCCCUGAACAACGCCCGCAACCUGGCGAACCUUGCCGAAUUGUCGCACGGUCGCGGACUAGCCAGCCAGGCGCAUCCACCUCCACUAGAGACCAACCUGGAUUUUUACUCGGCGCGCCUAAGGAGCCUCGCUAAUCCGUCCUUAGGCGCGGCUCCACCAAAUAGCGGGAACACCACGACCAACUCUAAUCCCCCUGCCCCGGUACCGCCUGUACCAGUGCCAAGUACCGUCCAGCAGCAGCAACAGCAACAGCAGCAAUCGCAACAGCCGGCACCCACGCACGCGCAGUCCGUCGAGCCGCCCAGCCCGGCCUCGAACAACCCCGCGAUCAUCGGCCACCCUAAUCAUCAGAAAGAAAACUCGCCGCCGUGCUACAAUCAGAGUCCCGUGGGUCACCACAACAAUAACAACUCGACGGACAGCGAAAAGACCAGUCCGCCCGUCGCCUCCACGCCAAUCAUCGCCGACUCGGCGUCGGAGACGAUCUACACCUGCGAGGUGUGCGACAAGAAGUUUCGUUUCCAGUCGAACCUGAUCGUCCACCGACGGAGCCACCGCGACAAGGAGAGGCAGUAUCAACAGGAGGGCACGCAGGAUGGCCAAGCGACGGCCGCGAGGUGCGAGGUCUGCGAACUGGAGGUCGCCAGUUUCGCAGAGUUGAGGAAGCACAUGAGGAAGGAGCACCAGGAGAACCUGAACGCGGCCAGUCCCCAAGGCAGCGUGGAGACGGUACCCGACGACGGCUCUAGCUGCGACGAGAACAUGGACUUGGACGACGCGGACGAGAACGACCAGAAGGCCGAGAGAGAAGACACGGAGAACACGCCCGAGGAUCUGAGCACCACGCAGGGCCAAAGCGGAGAGGAAAGCAGCGGCAGAGUCGAGCAAAAGCCCGCCAGCCUGGUGGGCGACCUGAUGGAAAAAUUUGGCCUGAGUAACAUAGCUCAGUACUCCGAAGCUUACCGACAGGCUCUUCAAGAGAACCAUCGUGGCGCCUUCAUCAAGACCGAGUCGCCCUCGAACCUCGCCAACUCUCUCAACAACAACAAAGAGAAGGACAGCGCUCUGUCGCCCACCAACUUCAACUCCUCCACAACGCCAAACAUAUUCUCCGGUCAAGGCUUCCCCAGGUCCACGGGGCCCGAUUUCGGCGGUCUCUGGCUCCCCAGUCCUCACUACCUAGAGAACAACGAGUUCCGCAAGGCCACCAAGGCCACCACCUCUAGCCUAGCGCUCCAGGGCCUGCCCAGCCCUCUGCUCAAGAAGGAGCGCAGCGGGAGGAACGACACCUGCGAAUACUGCGGCAAAGUGUUCAAGAACUGCUCGAAUCUGACCGUUCACAGGCGGUCGCACACAGGCGAGAAGCCGUACAAGUGCGAGCUGUGCUCGUACGCGUGCGCCCAGAGCUCGAAGCUCACCAGGCACAUGAAGACCCACGGCAGACACGGCAAGGACACGUACAAGUGCCGGUUCUGCGAGAUGCCGUUCUCGGUGCCCAGCACGCUCGAAAAGCACAUGAGGAAGUGCGUGGUGGUGGUGCAACAGGGCCCGAAGCUCGGCAUGCCUUAUCCAGGCAGUCAGGACGAGGACUCCUCGCUGAGCACUAAGGAUACUUGAUCUUGGAACGGAAGCCUACCGCCGAUCCCGCCACUGUGGCCGCACAGGCCGCCAUACCCGGUGUACUGAACAGCGGAGCUUCUUCCGAAGGAGAUUGAGCAGAGACAGAGUAGACGGAAGGCGUGUCCUGAGAAAGUAGGUGUCCUCGAACGACAGAUCCUCGUUCCAUGGGCGACGUCGAAGAGUGUCGCGGGGAAUCGUCCGCGCGAAACGUUCCCCGUGGUCGCUCCCAAUCAGGAUCGAGAGAUGUCGACAGAGUCGAUCGGUGGACCUGGAAAAGGUCCCGAGGAGGAGCGGAGGAACGGAGAACGACGAGGAAGCGACCCUUCCGGCUCGACGGAAGCCAACGGCGAGAGGGUGUUCUCCCUAACGGGGACUGGACCGGAGGAGCGCGGUUCCGGUGAACGCGACGAGGAAAAAGGGGUAGCGAACGGCUACCGUUCUGGGGAGUUUUGAAAUUCAACUAGAGAAACGAACGAAUGGUUACCACUUUGCGAGUCUCAAGUACAGUUAUUUAAAAUAUAUCCUUAUAAAUAGUUAUAAAUAAAGACGCUAUAAAUAUAUAUAUACAUAUAUAUAUAUACAUAUAAAAACUAUAUAUAAAUAUAUAUAUAUAUAUAUAUAUGAAUAUAAAUAUGAAAUCUAAAUGCAAGAAAAUUAUACAGAAUAUAAAUAUUAUACAUAGGAUAAUGAACAUAGUGACUUUAUUAUCGCAUUUGAAGAUUAUUUAUUUAAUGAUAGAUAUAUUAUACAUACUGUAUAACGUAAUAUAUGUGUAUAUAUAUGUAUGCGGGGGUGAGGGUGGGUGGGUGGGUUCGGGGUUGAGGUGCGCUCGUGCGGUGUGUAUGUAUAUAUAUGUACGUUACGUUAUAUACUAUGGAGACCUGCAAAGACACUCUGUAUGUAUUAGGGACAAAAGGGAAAGGACGAGAAGGGGCGGUGGGAAAAUUGCGAAGGAAAUCUUUUUGUACGUUACGGCUCGGCGCCCGAGAUUCUUAGAUUCUUUUUUUUUUUUGUUUCGUUUCUAUUUCUUUUUCUUUUUCUUUUUAUUUUAUUUUCGUCGUUUUUAAACGAAUAGACGUUCCCCUGUCCGAAACAGGGCGGGAAAGAGGGAACGAGAAUCAAGCGACCUCGACGAAUCCUGUCUGUGUACAUAAGCGCCGAACCUCGUUAUCGCGAAAGCUCCGUUAACGGUGUUCACGUUCAGGACGCCGCGAGUGUUCGACGCGUAACGACAACGGAAAAACACGCGCUGCGUUUGUAGAUUUUAAGCACUAGCUCGAUCAUAUGUAAAAUGUAUCAUAGUACUAUUAUUGAGACUUCCAUUGUCUACUAUUAUUAUUACCAUUUCUAUUAUUGCCUAUUAAUAUUAUUAUUAUUAUUAUCGAUUUAUUAUUAUUGGUCAUUAUUGCUAUUAUUAUUGACUUUAUUAUUAUUACUAUUAUCAUUAUUAAUUGCCACUAUUAUUAACGCGGUUGCAGCGACUGCACGCCGCCGUCUUCAUUAUUUUAUCCCGAUAUAUUAAAUUAUUAUCGAAAGCUGUUUUAAAUGGUUAAGAAAAUGCCAAAGUUGUUUAGGUUUAUCCGCGCUACGAUUCGUCGAACGUGACCGGUCAGGCGAGCUUCCAUUCGAGGUAACGUUGUCUCGUGGACGGGAACGGGCAAAAUGUGUUUUAAGCUCGUUUUUUAACGACUCAGAAUUUAUUUAUUGUUUUUCUUUUUUAUACCAAUUGGCACUUUAGUACGAACUCAUUCUCUAGCAAAUUAUUAAUUAUACUCUUAUUGCAGUCUCUAGUUGAAAGAAUAAAAUUGAUCUCGGUAAUUGUUCGAUAAAUUAUCGAUAUCUGAAUGAAAAUCUGAACAUCAGAGCUGCUUUAGCGCACGGUGAGCACGCAAACUAGUGGCGCCACGUCUUCGUCUGGCGCCACUGGUUCUCUUGCUUCCACCUGUUGGUUAAAAUGUCCACUGUAUUUUUACAAUUUAUUUUUCUUCGAUGAUCUAUGCUCUCGGUAAAUUUUUGCCCAGCUCUGCGUCCCACGGUCACGCCGACGCGAUCGUAGCGCGUUUUGUUCGUUGGUUAUAUUUAUUGUCGCGACGAGCACGCCGAUCGGCUUUCGCUGGAUCGAGAUCGAAGCUUGAUCCUGCGAAAAUCGUCGACGCUUUUCGCGGCUGCGCGACGGUUGGUCGACGAUGAUUUUUCUGUUCUUUCGUUCCAGCCCAAGACUGAGGUAUAUUUCCGGGCGACGCGACCAACGUCGCCGUAAACGACACAUUUAUCGUCUGCGUUCCAUUAACGUGUACAGUUCUUUUUUUCCUUUUUAUUUUCCUUCAUUUUUCUUUUUUUUUUUCUGUUUUCCUUUCUCCCUUCCGUUUCGUUCAUCCUAAGAAGAAGAAAAAAUCGCCUCGUUGUAAACGUUUUCGAAGGGGACUGUUCCUAAAUAAAAAAAUAAAAAAAAAAGAAAAUAAAUAAAAACGAUCUAGGCAAUAAGGUUAUAAAGAACUUCGGCGAUCGAACGACGAAUCGCGUGUGCGUCCUUCGACUUUUUUUCCGGCAUGAAUGCGUGGGACGGAUUUUUGUUGACGGAUUCGCGACGAACGAGACGAAAACGAUUGGAUGUUCGUCGGGGAUCGAAUACGAGAAUGCGUGUAUGCGUGAAAAGAAAAGAAAACCCGGUGCGACGUGCGAGUGAGAGUAAAUUAAUAACGAAUAAAAAAAAAAAAUGGAAAACUCAUAUCAACAUAGUUGUCUCGGUGUUAGACGUGUACGGCCCUAGAUAAAAAUCUCGUUAUCUAGUUAAAGGAAUAAACAAAACAAAGAAAAAAAAAAAGAUUAAAAUAACGACGUUUGUUAGAUCGAUUCUGAAAUACGUACAUGCCCAGGCUCCGUUUAUACGAAUAUUGUAAAUAAUGGCACUGCCUGUAGCGAAUGAGACAGGGAGGUGGAGAACAGGGCGGAGAAUAAGGCAGACGAAUGUCGUCGCUAUUCGAACGAGAAAUAAAAAAUAAAUCAUCACUACUUAUUAACUGCAUCAGUUUUUUCAUGGCGAACAUAAACGAACCGGCGCGUUUCCGUCGACUUCGGGGUACGGAGAACGCGAUUUCAUCGAAACGGGGGAGGAAGAGGAAUUUUUGUGGGAGUACGAGGGGCCCGAUGAUUGGGGGAGGCCUCGUCGUGGCAGAGGUGGGCAAAAUUUGAUUCGAUUACAUUUUUUUUUUAUUUUAUUCGUUUUAAGCUACUUCGUUUUGCAAUUGAAACUUCAGUUUCUUCGAUUAACGUAAGACGUGUGUAAAGUUACGAUAUGAGGUUAUUGUUGUUUUACUGUUUAUUCUAAACGAUUGGAUAAGAAUUUUACUCAUCUCUGCGUCGUAGCCUGACCGAUGGAUACCUCCCAAACGAUGCAUACAGUAGAACCUCGGUUACUGCAAGGAAGGGUCCUGAGUAUUUUUGCAACGAUCGAGGUUGCAGAAUAUACAGUGAUUUGUUUUUAUAUAUUAUCAAAUUCACUUUCAAUUCCUGGCUACCACUAAUCCCUCUUUAGUUUAGUGUAGCGUAGCAGUAAUCGAGGAUCUACUGUAACGCGAAACGCACGCUUCGGUUCCAAUAGUUCUCCUCGUCUUUCUUCACGAGUCUUAUUCGAAUUCAUCCUACCAUAGGACCAAGUUCCCUGCCUCGCGAAGCGAACAAACAAAAAAAAGAGAAAUAACCAAAAAAAAAAAAAAAGAGUCAAUCACACAUGCAAAUCUCGCGACGGGCGAUCGGGCCGGCGGAACACGGCGGGCAACCAGAGACGAAUGAAAUUUUAGUCGAAUAACAACUGGCGUAACGAUCCAUCCGAGGCUAAAAACUUAAUUCGAGGGUCUCUAUUCGUGGCGUUUCACGCGAUGAAACUCCAAGCAUUUAAUUCCGUAGUACCAGUCUCAAUUCAAUUGCACAGUUUAUUUUCUAAUCUCAUUCUACGAGUAACGAAUAAAAAGCUGUUUACCUUUUAUUCGUUACACGAAUAAUUUCGCCUUUCGUCGAUGUCUCUGGAUGGUCGAUCGCGUCGUGUCCCUCGCGGUCGGUUCCUAACGUUUCUACACAGGGUAAAUCGAGUAAAAUAGAAAAAGAAUAAAAAAAAAAGAGAAUAAAUAAGAAACGGUAAAAGAUAAUCCCAGACGGAAGGAAGAGCGUCGGAAGUAUAGGGAAAAAACGAAGUAUCUAGACAGUUAAAGUAAAUAAAGGUAAAUAAAGAAGAAGAAAAGUAUUUCCUAUAAUUAUAGUAAGCGACGGGAAGAUUCGACGACGUUGCAGGACGAAGGGCGAAGCAAUCGAACGGGGGUGAACGAAAUGAGGCGAGACAAAAAGGUAUCGGUAGCAGGGAAAUUGGAUUUUUAGCGAAAAAUCUUCUGAUCCAGGGUAAAAUUAAUCCGAGGCUCGGUUUCUAGCGAACGGUAUUUGUGACCUGGGUUUUGUUGACCUGGGCGUUUCGUGGAGCACCUUCGAACCGAGGAUCGACAUUAAGGCAAUACGAAAACGCAGGCGUCUUCGGGCGAAGUGCGGCCAAAGAACGGCGACAAGUCUUUGACCGACUUUACCACGAGGAAGUCCCUAAUUAUAAACAUAGCAGAUACGGUGUAUGUCUUGUGCGAUUCAAAUAAACCACAUUGUUUUUAAA